GAAAGGAGACGCGCGAGUUCUCUCGCGAGUUCUGGUUAUUAUCUUCGGGCAUAGCGCUCCUUAAUGUGUAACGGCUUGCAAUUAAUGACAAUCGGAUUAAGGCCAAUUGGGCACGAGGGCGGUGAUGGCUCGACAUCUGUGCCGCGGUGCUCUGCAGCUGAUUACGGAGUAACGGAUAAAUAGAUCUAGAUCGGUUGGGUCCCCGAUAAGGCGCGGCCGGCUUUCAUGUUAACGCUCGACGCAAAUUCGGAUUUGAAUUCGUCGGGUACCACCAGUGCCCGGCAGCUGCGAGCCACGGUCACACAAAGGAAAUCGCCGUUAGAAGCCGUUAGAGAAACAGCAGUUGUUAGUCUCUCGAGUGCGACCUUCGCGGAAACUCGCAGUUAAUCGGCGACGCGCGUGUCGUACGAAAUGCAUGUGAGAUGCGGGAAAAAUAGUGAAGCCAUCAAAGUUAGAUGCAUUAUUCGAAAUUGUUGUCUUACGUCCGAGUAACGUAGUACCCCUACCACGAAAACGAACUUUGAAGUAAACAUCAUAUGUGACGUACAAUGUAUGUACUUGUGAAGUACAGAAAAGAGUUCUUGUUAUUGCGUUUUGAUGCCUAAUUCUUUGAGAUACUCGGUUUAAUUGUAUAGAAAUGUUGAAGAAAGACAAGGAUCCUUCAAUGUACCACCAUUGCAUAUACGAGCCGUGAUCAUAAACCCCUGGAAAACUGAGCGACAACCAGUCACAAAAAAGAACAAUAGCGCCGAUUUUAUUCUACCACGUAAAAUCAACCUGAAAGUAUCAAUCAGACCUGAGAUUAAGAGCAUUCACAUGAAGCGCGAGGAAACUACUUGUUGGAUUCAUCGUUUAACGCUGAAGCCGCGGAAUCGCCAGAAGAAAUAGGCCAGCCGUUCCAUUCUCGUCUCACAUGGCUACGAUCACGAAUAUUGGCGUGUUGAAGGAUGGAGAAUCGAAGGGGCAGAGUGUGACGCAAUCCUCGUCUAGCCAGGACAAGUGUUGCGACAGCAAACGGACGCAAUGGAGACAAUGGCUGGCGUGCAUAUCAGCGACUCUGUCCAUGGUGGCGGUCGGCACGGUAUACGGAUGGACCACCACGUCGCUCUCGCGACUCACAUCUGGCGCCAGCGAUGUCCCGGUGAAGAUCACUGAUGAUGAAACCUCGUGGAUCGUAUCACUGACAGUGAUCGGCUCCAUGAUCGGCCCAUUCCUAGGCGCGAGCCUCGCCGAUCGAUACGGUCGUAAGAAGUGCCUUCUACUGGCCAGUGCCUUCUUCAUCAUCGGUUGGACCGUCGUGUUCUUCGCGCGCAGCAUCGCGGCUCUGUACAUCUCCAGGGUGAUCCUCGGCAUUGGCGUGGGCAUCUCGUACACUACCAAUCCGAUGUACGUGUCGGAGGUCGCAGAUGUCGAGAUCAGGGGCGCUCUCGGCACUCUGAUUGCUGUUAACGUGUUCACCGGCUCACUGCUGACGUGUAGCAUUGGUCCAUGGGUAUCUUAUCAGGUCCUAGCAGCCGUGCUCCUUGCGAUACCUAUCCUCUUCGUGGUGUGCUUUUCCUGGUUUCCUGAGACUCCCGCUUUCCUCGCGGCCAGAGGACGCAAAGCGGAGGCCACAAGGUCGCUAGCGUUCUUCAAAGGAAUCCGUGAUCGCGACGAGGCCAGAAGGGAGCUAGAGCAUGCUCUUCGUAACGUUUUCAUCGAGGACGUUUGCGAUAACACUCCAGUGAUCGGUCCCGGAGCUAGAACGGAACCGGUCAAGCGCAGCUGGAUAGCCAAGCUGAAGCUAAUGUUAUUGCCCAGCAACGCCCGGGCUCUCGGCAUUAUACUCAGCCUAGUCGCGGCGCAGCAACUUAGCGGAAACUUCAGUACUAUGCAGUACCUCGAAGUGCUCUUCAAGAAGGCUGCGAUCGGCAUCGACUCUAACAUAGCUACAAUUCUCGUGCUUGCAGUCGGUCUCAUCGCAGGUGGCAUAUCAACAGCGACCGUUGAAGGCGCGGGCAGGCGUCCGCUGCUGAUCGCCUCCACUCUGGGCUCCUCCAUCACUUUGGCGAUUUUGGCGAUAUACCUGAUGCUGGACGGAAGAGGCGUCGAUGUGUCCGCGGCGAAUCUCCUGCCGGUAAUCGACGUGAUCGCCUUUCAGGUGGCCUUCCAGGUCGGCUUGGGUACGCUACCAAAUGCGCUGAUUGGCGAGCUGUUUCCCACCGAGGUGAAGGCAUUUGCUGGUGCAAUCAUCACUGUCUUCGACGGCAUACUCGGCUUUGCUGUCUCCAAAUUGUACCAAGUUAUCGGUGACUGCCUGGGCCCUGACACAGUCUACUACUUCUUCGCGGCGUCGUGUUUACUGGCAUUCGUGAUGGUGAUAUUCGCCGUGCCCGAGACCAAAGGCCGGACGUUCCGCGAGAUUCAAGAACUUCUAGGGGGUGGCGGGAGGAAGACCGAGGAGGGUGAGAGUUCGCAGGAGCACCGUGAUAACAUGGCGUGACAGAGAGGGUCGCGCCGCGCUCCUCGCUGGGCACGGUGCGAACUUAUUUCAGCGACAUUCACAUCGAAUGUUGUUCUCCUCGAAGCGACGGACUUCAUGAAACGGCGAUUACUUACUCAUUUGUACAUAUAUAUGUUUGUACGCAAUUUGCGUCACGAAGAAUAGAACGUUAAGGCAAAGUUCAUCCGUGCAUCGCAAUUUGCGUUCUCCACAAUUUUCUCCACAAUAUCUCUGCCCCCGGAAAAUAAAAAAAGUUGUUAAUAUUGUUUUUGCCACGUAGAUACAAUGCCGGUACUAUCGAUUAUCUUGUUCAAUUGCGAGUAUUCCACCAGUGUUCCGAAAUUAUGAGAUUUACCGUUUAUUUAUUAAAUAAUCCCUGCAACUGAAGAAACACUAUCUUUGAAUACCGCUCUUUUAAUUUCUCUCCCUUUUUGCGCAUUGAAUAUUACGGGGGAACGGAUAUUUAGCAGAAAUCAGACUUUGGAGUUUCUCGUGCAUGCAUGAUAAAAUAUUUAAGUAAGGAAAGCUGAGAGGCCAACGGAAAUAAAAAAGACUGGCAAGUAAAAAGUUUUAGUAAACGCCACAUCCCUUAUGAGAGCAUAAAAAUCAUGGGCGAUGGUUAAACGUCGAAAUGAGGAGAAGAGAAAAGAUGCUUGAAAAAUCGUGAGAAUGUUUCAUAAUAAUAAAGAGGGGACAGAAUUGCAGUAUUACCGAAUAAAGUGACUUUAACGCUUC